ACACUGUCACUACCUGCCAACUUUUUAUCCAAAAUUGUUUCUAAUUGUUUUUCGAGAUUUACUGAAUUAUUAAAUUAAAUAAAAAUAGAAAUAAAAUGGCAGGAGAGGAGGAGACAAUUGUGGAAUUGGAGAACCGCCUGGAGGAAGUGAAUCUGGAGGAUGUGGCCGCUAGACACCGCCGGGAGAAGAAAGAACUUCAGGCCAAACUUCAGGCAAUGAAAAAGAAUGCUCCAAAGAACAACAAAAACAAGCGAAAGGAGUUCCUGGAGGAGAUGGCACGUCUGGAAGGAGAGCUGGAGCAGCGUCAGAAAGCAGAGCUGCAGGCAGCCGAGGCCCAGGAAGCACCAGGAAAAGUCACAGAAGCCGUCGCAGAGGAGGUUGUCAAGAAGCCGGCUGUAAAAGAGGAUGACAAACAAGAAGAAAAUGAUGAGGAGGACCAGGCGCCCUCCAAUCAGCGUGUUUCCAAGGCCCAGAAGCGACGGGACAAGAAGGCCAAGGAGGCACGUGUCCGCGAGGCCGAAAUCAAGGUGGAGCUACAGAACGCUGCCAACCAGCCAUCUCCAAAGCUUAUCGAGUUGGAGCAGAUCACGGCCAAGUUAACCGGCCGGCAGCUGGCUCUGCACCACAUAGCCUCCGAUGGCGACUGUUUGUACCAGUCUAUACGUCACCAACUAAUCGUAAACGGUCUUCCAGGGCACAGUGUCCAGGGCCUGAGAGAAGAGACUGCCAAUUAUGUGCGUGCCAACAAGGACGCGCUCAUCAGCUACAUGACCCAUCCGGAGACGGGAGACCUGCUCGAUGACGAGCAGUUCGACAAGUACUGCCAGGAUAUAGAAAAGACUCACGCCUGGGGCGGGCACAUUGAACUUAAGGCCAUAUCAUCGCUGCUGAAAGUGCCCAUCGAAGUUAUUCAAGCAGAGGGAGCCGCCACGCUUCUGGGACAGGAGGAGUUCGGUGGUUCCCCGUUGGUGAUCUGUUACCACCGUCACAUUUACCAGCUGGGUGCCCAUUACAACUCCACCGUUCCAGUAGAGGCCUGAAACUAGCAACGAAAAUGGAAUAGAAAGCAUACAACGACUCGUUCAAGAAUUGAUUUUGUAACAGAUUUUGUUUUUAUUAAUAAUGUUGAUUUUAUAAAUACGUAUGCAUUUGGAA